AUGUCUUCAGCUCUUCUCAUCAUUCUUCUUCAUCCUUGUCAUAAUCUGUAUCGAGGAAGCUAUGAAGGCGAGCGAAGCAUCCUCAAGUGCCUACAAGAACGUCACGGAUCCCAUGCUUCUGUUUUCGCUGCCUAUUCUUCCUUGUGAGGAUAAGUUCUUCGUGAAGCUUCCUUGCUACGACUUUGUAUGGAGUGGUAACAAUAGGCGUCGUGUGACUGACAUCGUCUCUGCAAUCAUGGCUAACAAUCCGGGGAGACCAAUUCCGACCAACAAGGUUCAAUCGUUCAAAGCGCCUGAGGAGGUCGAUGCAUGGUUUAUGUCACAUGCUUUGCAAGUCCCAGGAGCUUUGCAUUUUGUGGAAAGGAAUGCUAAAAUAAUCAGCUAUGGAGUUCAGACAAAUUCCUCAUCGGAGAAAAAACGUGGUCGUGUUGAAGAUCCAACCUUUAAGUUCCUUGUUCCUCUUCAAAUAGCUGCAGAGCGUGAGAUUGCAAGGUCUUUAAUGGGAGAUCCAAAGUUUGGUUGGGAUUUUGGAUUUAAAGAAUUUGCACGCCCAGCUAUUAUAGCUGAAGUUAUCUCUGCACUCAAAGUAAUGGGACCAAUCUUUUUUCUUGCCUUCUCCAUGUUUGGUUUUGUUCUCCAGCUCGGUUCUCUUGUUACCGAGAAAGAGCUAAAACUUCGUCAGGCAAUGACAAUAAUGGGAGUUUUUGAUACAGCUUAUUGGUUAUCAUGGCUCACAUGGGAAGGACUCCUUACGUUUGUCUCCUCACGCUUCUUAGUCCUCUUUGGAAUGAUGUUCCAAUUCGAUUUUUUUUUGAAAAACAGUUUCGUCGUUGUCUUCUUACUUUUCUUGCUUUUUCAGUUUACUAUGAUUAGCCUAGCGUUCGUGCUAUCAUCUUUCAUUAGCAAAUCAUCUUCAGCUACAACUGUUGGUUUCCUUGUGUUUCUCAUUGGCUUUAUCACACAGAUUGUAUCAGCUACUGGAUUCCCUUACUCUAACGCUUAUCCUACUUCUCGCCGCGUGAUUUGGUCACUCCUCCCACCCAACACUUUUUCUGUGGGCCUUAAGCUUCUUCUUGAUGCAACUUCAACUCCUGCAAGUUCUGGAAUUAGCUGGAGUGAAAGAGCUGUAUGCGAAGGGGGCAUGUCAACUUGUGUACUUUCAAUUGUAUGUGGACGGACAUUCAUAAAACAUGUUUCAUUAAUUAAUCAAGGCACAUUUGCUAAAACCAACCCAAAUAUUCAAGUCAAACCUAAAAGUGUACCCCACUUUCAGUCAAAUGCAAAACCAACCUAAAGGAUAGUGAAAGUACUAUUUAAUCUUUAUGACCAAACAAAAAA